GGACGCUGUUAUCCAAUAUGGAAGACUUACGUGGCAUUACUAUAUCUAUCGACAAAUUAUAAGCUUUAUUUCGGUGUGUAAAUGAAUUGUAUUUUCUUAUCCACCACCAUUAGAUGGAAUUAGCAUAUUAUAUAUAACUAUAUCAGUGACUGGUAUUCUUGAUCUCUACAUAAAGUUUCUCAUCAUGAGAUAUAUUGUAGUGGUACUGGUUUGUCUUGUGUAUUUGCACAGUUCAUUUAUAUGUGCGGACGAGAACACAAGAGCCACAGAGCAUGAAAACAGAGACUCUGUGACUAAUGAAGAUGAUGGCUCAGGUAAAACCUCUUCACCUCCUCAUUCUUCUUCUUCACCUCACAUGGCCCCUGAGUCACUUCCCAUGCCCCCACCCCAUCUUAAUAAACCUAAUGACAUGUUGGAUUCUGAGGGUCAAGAUGCUGCCAACUCAAAUCAAAAUAUAAAAUCUGACAAAAAAAGAACAUUAGAUAAUGUUGCUGCUUCAAAUAAGAAAGAAACUUUAAAGGAAAAUAUUGUGGAAAAACCCACAGAACAAGUGCAUGUAAAUCAUAUAAUAGAUGACUCAAUUAAACAUUCCGAAAAGGCUCAAAGUCAGUAUCAAAGGAAAAGUCAACAUCACUUCAAUAAUAAGCCUGGUCCCGAAAUAAAUUCUAAUCAAAAUAAAGACUCUGCCCAAAUGAAAGAGGAAUUCAGGAAUACUCCUAGUCCAGAAAAAGAGAAGGGAGAGUUUACGUUAUCACCAGAACCAGGUCAUUUUCAAAGAUCUGAACCUCCUGGUGAUAGAAAAGAACGUAAAGUUGUUCAAGUAAAUGUAUUAAAGGAGCAAGUUGUACAGAAGGAUGUAGUAGUUGAAAUUCCAAAAGGGGAUAAACCCAGCAGCAGUGUCAAUGAAGCCAAACACAGAGAUCAAACUACAAAUUCAAACAAUCCCAGUUUAUCGUCUAAUCCUCCUGUCGGAGAAGCAAAACCAGUUUAUAACAUGAAAUCUGAAAACAAGAAGCCACAGACUUUUGAAGAAGAUGGUGUAAGAUUUGAAUCAGUAGAUUUAAAUGAAUUUAAACAAAUUAUUGGCAAUGAUAAAAAAUCAGGUUCACGGUCUAAAACUAAAAACAGUAAUAUUUUUGAUUUGGAUAGUCUACCUGAGCCUUUUGAUCGUUUCUCUUUGGCAUUAGACAAAGUUAAAGGUAUUUACAAGACCAGUAAAGGUACAAUGAAGGAGACCGUUAUCUUGUAUGAUGUUGAUGAAUUUGGUUAUAUUAAAUCAGUUAAAUAUACCCAAACAUUGAAUGGAGAUGGUACUUUCAACACUGAAGAGGAACAUUUUCUACAGGCCUUACCAGAGCUUGUUACCCACAGAGAACAGUUACAACAGGCCGUUAAAAAAGAAGGAGAUGAUAAUGGAAAAAGAAGGGAAGAUGAAGACAGACGAAGGGAUGAUGAAGACAGAAGAGAUGAUGAGGAUAGAAGGGGUGAUGAGGAUAGAAGGGAUGAAGACCGAGGAAGGGAUGAUGAGGAUAGAAGGGAUGAUGAGGAUAGAAGAGAUGAUGAGGACAGGCGCAGGGAUGAUGAUGAUGAAGAAGAUAGGAGAAGAGAAGAAGAUGACAGAAGAGAUGAAGAAGAAAGGAGAAGAGAAGAUGAGGAAAGAAGGGAUGAUGAAGAUAGAAGAUAUGAUAAAGAUGAAGAAGAUAAAGACAAUGAUGAAAAUGAAAGGAGAGAUGAAGAGAAUAGAAUAGACAGUGAUGAUAGUCGUGCAGUUGAUGAGGAAGAAACGAAAGUAGAAGAACGCGAACUAACUCCUGAAGAAAAAGAAGCUAAUGAUUUGUUUGAGAAAGGUGAAAGUCUUAUACAUAAAUCUUAUGAAAAGGACCAUUCACAAGCUUAUUUAUACUUCCUCCAAGCAGCCAAUUUAAACCACAGCGAGGCCUUAAAUUAUGUGGCCUUUGCUCAUUUAUUUGGAGAUUACUUACCCAAUAAUGUUACAAGAGCUAAUGAGAUUUUCGAAGACUUGGCUGGAAGAGGUUCACCAAAAGGCCAGUUGGGUCUUGGUUUUCUCUAUAGUAGUGGAUUGGUUCACAAUUCAAGCCAAGCAAAAGCCCUUAUAUACUUUACCUUUGCUGCUUUAGGUGGAGAUCCAUUAGCUCAAAUGGCACUGGGUUACAGAUAUUCGGCUGGUAUUGGUGUUGAAAUGAAAUGUGAAACAGCUCUUCCAUAUUAUAAAAAAGUCGCCACUACAGUUGCCAAUUCAGUAAAGGAGACAGGAGGUCCGAUAAUACAGCGUAUUAGAUUACAAGAUGAACUGGAAAAUCAAGGACAAAAUUCACCAUUAUUAGAUGAUGAUUUGUUACAAUAUUAUCAUUUCUUAGCUGAUAAAGGAGAUGUUCAAGCUCAGGUUGUUUUAGGUCAAUUGUAUUAUCAAGGUGGAAGAGGUGUAGAAAUAAAUCAUGAGCAAGCACUACAUUAUUUUCUGAUGGCAGCUGAAUCUGGUAAUGCCAAUGCUAUGGCAUUUUUAGGAAAGAUGUAUGUGGAAGAUAGUCCAGCUGUAGAACAGAAUAAUAAAACAGCUUUACAUUAUUUUAAAUUAGCUGCUGAUAAAGGAAAUCCAGUAGGACAGAGUGGUCUUGGUAUGAUGCAUUUAGUGGGUCGUGGAGUAGACAGGGAUCAUUCGAAAGCAUUCCGAUAUUUUUCUCUGGCAGCAGAUCAAGGUUGGGUUGAUGGACAAUUACAACUUGGUAUCAUGUAUUUUAGUGGUUUAGGAGUAAGAAGAGAUUAUAAAUUAGCAGUAAAAUAUUUUAAUUUAGCUUCACAAGGCGGCCAUGUUCUAGCAUUUUAUAAUCUAGCACAGAUGCAUGCUACUGGAACUGGCGUAUUAAGAAAUUGUCAUACGGCUGUUGAGCUAUAUAAAAAUGUAGCAGAGAGAGGUAAAUGGGCCGAGAAAUUAAUGGAAGCUCACAAGUUAUAUAAAGAAGGUCAUAUAGACAAUGCUCUGUUUAAAUAUACAUUUUUAGCUGAGUUAGGAUAUGAAGUAGCCCAAUCCAAUGUAGCAUAUUUACUUGAUCAAGGUGAAUCCAGAAUAUUUUCAGACCUGGAAACAUAUCAGAGAGCUUUAUUACAAUAUACUAGAGCUGCUUCACAAGGUUCCACUGUAGCUCGAGUUAAAAUGGGUGACUACCAUUAUUAUGGAUAUGGCACAGAGAUUGAUUACGAGAGCGCAGCCAUUUAUUAUCGCUUAGCAACAGAACAACAACAUAAUGCUCAAGCCAUGUUUAAUUUGGGUUAUAUGCAUGAAAAUGGACUUGGAUUAAAACAGGAUGUGCAUCUUGCUAAAAGAUUUUAUGAUAUGGCUGCAGAAACGAGUGCAGAUGCACAGGUACCAGUAACAAUGGCUUUAGUAAAACUUGGACUCUUCUACGGAUUUGAUGUCUUUAAUAAAGAGUUUGAAGGUUGGAAUGGUUUUAUGGAAAGUAUUGAUCCAAGGUUAUAUUUAGGACCUGAUUGGGAACUCUAUCUACUGGCAAUACUUGCAUCGUUACUAGUCAUGGUAUUAAUGUUACGAAGAGCAGAUUAAAUCUCACCAUAUUACCUUACCCAUAUAACAUUACACAUGGUGCUAUUUCAGUACUCUAUGUUCUUUCUUAUCAGAAAUUCAUUGGAAACAAUAAUCCUCUUUGAUCAUUACACGUAAGGCCAAAUUUAUUCCAUCAAGAAAAAUGUUUUGCUGAAUUUUUUAUUAUUCAGAGUAGUAAAGUAUAAAGUAUAACAUUAUUUAAUUGUGAAUUGUAAAAGUACUAUAUAUUAUUAAAUACCAGGUAAUAUGUAAUUAAUUACAUGUACUAUAUUAUUAAAUACUGGGUAUUAUAUAAUUAAUUGUACUAUGUUAUUAAAUACCCGGUAAUAUUAGAAUUAAUUACAUGUACUAUGUUAGUAAAUACCAGGUAGUAUAAAAUUACAUGUACUAUAUUAUUAAAUAGUAAAGUGUAGAAAUUACUUAAUUAAUUAAUAGUAUAAUAUAAAAGACUGUAGUUUUAAAUCCUAAAGUAUUAUCUAAUUUAGUUAAGUAUAAAGUACUAUAUAUAUUAUUUAAUUGGACUGUAUAAAGUACUUUAUUAUUUAAUGAUGUAGUAACCAGUACUACAUUAUUUAAUGGCAUAGUGUAAUGUUAUUUAAUGGUAUAGUGUAAUGCACUAUAUGAUUUAAUGGUAUAGUGUAAUGCACUAAUUAUAAAUGAUAAAAAUAUAUAGUAUAAAGUACUUUAUUUUUUAAUGCUAUAGUCAGAAUUAUCAUAUUAUUUAAGGUGUAAUAUUAAGUACUUAUAUUAUAUGUUAAUGCUAUAGCAAGAAGUACAUGUAUUAUAUUAUUCAAGGUAAAGUAAAAAGUACUAUAUUAUUUUGAAGUACUAUAUUAUUUAAUGGUAUAGUAAAAAGUACUAUAUUAUUUUUUAAUGCUAUAGCAAAAUGUACUAUAUUAUUUAAUGGUAUAGCAAAAUGUACUAUAUUAUUUAAUGGUAUAGUAAAAAGUACUAUAUUAUUUAAUAGUAAAGUUCACAGAAACAUCUUUUAGUUACCAGCAAUGGAAUUGAUUUGAUCAGCAGUAUAAUCAAUUAGUGUAGGUUAUACAUAAUGUAUAUUUGGUUCAAUAAAAUAUUUGAGGUUAUAAGACAAAGUAUUUCAGUUAUCAAAAAUUGUACAUUGUGUGUUGGUAAGGGUAUUUUUAAACUAAUAAUAAAAUAGUUGAUGCUGAAAGAGAUUACCUAUAUGUACCCAACUUCUAUUAUGCAUGCGUAAAAUCCUUGUUAAUGAUAGACAUGUUGGCAAAUUAUUAUUGACAAAUCUCCAAUCCUUUUUAAAGAAUUAUUCUGGAUUUCUGAAAAAUGCAAAACAUAUAACGUCUACUUUUUGAAGUUGCUUGCAUUUCUCAAUACUUAUUUUUUAAAAUUAUAUGAGAUGAUUGGUGUGGUUUUGUUCUUCAAAGUCGUUUGAAAUCUAUUAUAUCCAAAUUUGUGUCAACUACUAUUAUGUCAGAAAACACAGCAAAACUAAUAUUAUAAACACUUAAAUAUUGAUUUAAAAAUUGAGCUGAUCGUAAAAUUGUCAUAUUAUUCUUUAUCAAAAAAUAAUUUGCAAAUCUGCGAUAAAUAAAAUAUGCAAAAAAUUAACGAACUUGCAAAAUUUUGAAAAAAAACCCAGAUCGGUUGAUUAUGAUGUGAUGAUUUUAAUAUAAUGUAUAUAAUAAUACACUGUGAAAAAUUCUUGUCAUAUAAAUACACUUGUAUAUAGACUUAUUAAAAUUUAUAUAGUAGACAAUUAUUAGACAAACCGAAUGAAAGAAACAUAUUAUAUCCUUAACUGUGUUACAUUUAGAGGUUAGCAUCUUGUUUAUUAACAAUUGAUCAACGCUAAUUGCAGCAUGCUUUUCUAUCUUGAUGUAAAAUUACGCAAUCAUAGAUUCAGAAACACAUCCGAAAUAUGUUUUAUUUGCCAAACAUUGGCUGUUGUUUUGUUUUUUUUAUUUGUUUUUUUUUUUGUGUGUUGUAUGCAUGUGGUAUUUUUUCGAUGUUUUGCUGGACUACAUUUUCCAUUAAAUCUAAACCUAGCAGACAAAUUAAAUUGUCGCUUUAAUUUUUAUAUUUAUUAAAGGAAAGCCAAUAAACUUAUAUGCAUUUUAUGAAUUUAUUUGUUAACAGAUAUUUAAUAGAAUUUUGAAGGAGAUAUGAAAGUGAUAGUUAUUACUGUUCCAUGUUGGAGAUCAUUAUAGAGUAAUUAUUUUUUAAAAUGGCACCACCUCUUCUUUGAUUUGGGUUGUGUGCCAUGAUGGCUUAAUGAGUAAUACACUGGCUCACUAACUAGAAGAUCCGAUCCUAGUGUUGGCAGUGGAGUAGAAAAAAGGAAGGCAUGGCAAGGAACAGUGUCUAAUGGUUCAGAAGUGACAAAACUCUAAGGUCCCGUGUAGACAUUGGUAGAAGCAUAAAAGAACCCUUGGCAGUUGAAUUCGAUGAAGAGCAUGUGGAAACGCUGCUAUCUGGACGAAAUUUCCCUCAUAGCAAACGGCAUGGCAGAAUCCCAUAUAGCAAAUGAUUAGUAAAUAAUCCAACUUUUGAAAUGAAAAUUUAACCCAUUGCUCCUUCAGAGUGUUUUAAGACCUUUAAUAAGAACCCUUAGAAAAUUGGCCUUUGGUGGCCAUUUAAUACCAUUAUAUUUUUAUGUAAUAGACUUUUUUAUAGUGGUCUCUUACAGGGAGUAAAUAGCUUAAUAUACCUUCUGGUCUCCUGAAACGGUUUAACCAACAUUAUGCAUUUAUAUAGAUAGAUGAUACUUGAAUUUUAAAAUGAUGCCAACCCUUUCAUAGUUUUAGCUUAUUGUGUGUUGUUUGAUUCUUUGUUUAAAAUGAUUUGAAUAGAUAAUUAAGGAUGUAAGUAAGGCUUUUAUAAAUAUGUAAAUACUAUAUCUAUAUACUUUGUACAUUUUUUUUUGAAAAAAUUGUUUGUAUAUAAUAAUAAUAUAUAUAUCUCGUGUUGUUUGUGUGAAAAAAUGAAAUGUAUGUAAGAGUAUAAAUGAAACAGUGCUUGAUAUUUAAGACAUAAAUGAUGUUUUAGUAAUUCA